ACCACCUCCACGCUCGCCUCUAUACGCAGCGAUGAGGAUUCUGCAGAUUUGACAAAGUCGUUUCAAGAACUCAGUCGUCGUCUGUCCGUUCUCGUAAAUUCGAGGUACCGAUUAGGGAGCUUCGGUCUGCUCGCCCGAGCUCCGCUUCCGGAUUACCGCGAGACACACAUCCUCGCUCUUCUUUCUCCUUCUUGUUUCGAGUGAAGAGUGAACUUAUCUCAUCGUUCCCUUCCUUGUGCCGUUUCACUAUCGUCGUGCGACACACGGAAAUGCGUUAGAAAGAAAAAAAGAAAAGAGAAAAGAAAAAGGCGAGUACCAUGUCCACGGGAGAGAUACACGUAGGGGGCGGUGUGUCCCCCGCGACUCUUUCAUCCGUCUUGCUCCUUUUGCUUUUCGGCCGUAUGGCAAAUGCCCAAAGGAGCUUAGAGUUCUUCGAUCUUCUGCCGGAAGAUCCAAAGUUUUACGACAAAAUGCGACCUCCCAAGAAGGAUGGUCAGGCAACCGUUGUGUAUUUCCACGUUACCGUGAUGGGACUCGAUUCCAUCGAUGAAAAUUCAAUGACAUACGCUGCUGACAUCUUUUUUGCCCAAACCUGGAAGGACAAUAGACUUCGAUUGCCAGAAAAUAUGACAUCCGAAUAUAGAUUGCUGGAGGUCGACUGGCUGAAGAACAUGUGGCGGCCGGAUUCCUUCUUUAAGAACGCAAAGUCGGUGACCUUUCAAACGAUGACAAUACCUAAUCAUUAUCUAUGGCUGUACAAGGACAAAACCAUCCUCUACAUGGUGAAACUGACCUUAAAACUAUCUUGCGCCAUGAAUUUUCUCAUUUACCCCCACGAUACGCAAGAGUGCAAACUACAAAUGGAAAGUCUGUCGCACACGACGGACGAAAUGAUCUUCCAGUGGGAUCCUGAUGUUCCCCUCGUUGUAGACGAGAAUAUUGAGCUGCCCCAGUUGCAGCUCGUUAAAAAUUAUACAGCCGACUGCACUCAGGUCUAUUCCACGGGUAACUUCACUUGCCUCGAGGUUGUGUUUGUGCUGAAGCGACGUCUCGGUUACUAUCUGUUCCAUACCUACGUCCCAACGUGCUUGAUCGUUAUCAUGUCGGUGAGUAAGACGUGGGUAUCGUUCUGGAUAAAACCAGAGGCCGCGCCCGCCAGAGUCACCUUAGGGGUCACCUCGUUACUCACCCUGUCCACGCAGCAUGCCAAAAGCCAAGCCUCGUUACCCCCCGUCUCUUACCUGAAGGCCGUUGACGCCUUCAUGUCGGUUUGCACGGUGUUCGUGUUCAUGGCGCUGAUGGAGUAUUGUCUGGUAAACAUCGUCCUCGGUGACUCGGAUGCGCCUGCGAAACCCGCGCCCCCGCCGCCGCCGCCGACCUCGAGUACCGCGGACUCGGCCAAGCUCGACAAGAUCUUCGAUAUCGCUACCAAGACAGGAGACAGACAGAGACUAGGAUGGAAAAUAUUCGAUAGAGAAAUUGUGCUGUUUGUUGUUACACCAUCGAUCUCAGGCUCUCCCAGUUUGGACCACUCCUGUGCCUCGAAUAGAGGAAACCGCACCGCGAACGGUGCGAUGUCAUUGGAAGAGACUUGAGUUAAUUUCAACUUUGCAGUCGACGCGCCGUUAAAAUUUGUAGAUUAUUGAUGAUUAUACCGCUGAAAUCAUGACAUCGCUAUCGUAUGCAAUUUUGCGAAUUUCUCCUGCUGAAGCUUGUACAAUUGUCCAUAUUUGUCGCUGCCGUCGUGUCCAAUAAAAUGCAGUACGCAGUAAAAUCCGUGCAAUGUGAGGAAGAAGCUCCUUCCUCCGACGAUUGCAAUCAUUUUUGUUUCCAAACGCCUCCGUAACCGCGCGUUUUGACGCGCGUAACCGUCUUCUCUCGUUGCAUCUGAAACGUCCUCCUCUCUCCGAGGCAUGGGAGAUAGUCUAUAUGGUGGCGGUUCAAGUUGUGAUCGUUG